AUGGGGACUUAUACUAGGGUCCUCGUUGUUUAUUUGAGCUUGUUGUCCGAUUUGACGACUGUAUCUUCAUAUGCUUGGGGUGCUGCUACAUUGGCAUACUUACAUAGACAGUUGGGGUACGCUAGCAGGUCCAGCGUGAAACAAAUAGCCGGUUACAUGACACUCCUUGAGCGAUGGAUUUAUGAGCACUUUCGUGGAUUCCGACCACACUUGAAUAUGAAUUACACUCGAGACAUGCCACAUGUUUACCAUUGGACUUCUCGGAGAGAGUCUGGUGAAGAGACACAGUUGCAGGCGUUUCGAGAAGAGCUUGAUAGGUUGGGUGUACAUGAUGUUAUUUGGGACCCAUACCAGAGUUACAAAGAUGUCCAUCCAUGUCAUCUAGUUACAUUCUAUCACGGUUGCCUAAAGUGUUUGGAAGUAGUUAAACCAUAUCACCCUAAUAGAGUGUUGAGACAGUUUGGCAGAGUGCAGACAAUCCCUAAUCCACCACUUGGCCUUAUGCGUGCUUCUCGAGGAGCCACAGCUCCAUGCUACAAUGUUAUGUAUGCAUACUUGGACAUCAUUUGGGAGGCAUGGGACAACCAUAUGUUAUCUGAUCGGAGGAGGAGUACACCAGUACGGCAACCUUGGGAUUGUGUUCCUGGUUACAUGGAUUGGUACCAAACCAUUACCUAUAUGUAUGUACAAAACCCAGCGCGUCGUUCUCAAGUGGACCCGAAUAUCUAUCAUUAUCAGUAUCCUAGCCAAGACACACAGAUACAUCAGAUUACUCAUCCUUUCAUUGAGGUUGGCUAUGAGGACAGUGUUCAACAUCCUGAGAGGCUUUACUACGCGAUUGAUGCAAUCGAACAACUUCUUCAAGAUCGGCACAUUACUGAAUCUACGCCCAGCACAUCCACUCAAGGUCGGUCUGCACCUAGCUCUUCCACUGCACAUCAUUUUGGAGCACAUUACACUCGCCGGUCACGUAGUUAA